GAUAGACUGGCGACGACCUCGUCAGCGCGUCUGGGUGGGCUGCAGCCCGUCCGGUGACCACAGAUGUGGUGAUGACCAAACUUGCCCCAGCGGCGGGCAGGGUCACUUUGGGGGUUUCGUGGUCGUGUGUAUCACUCAGGGCCAUUUGGGGAGGAAGAGCCUGCACCACAGGUUCAGCCAUAGUGGGGCAGACCGUGUGGUAAUAUGCCCCUCAGCUCAGACAUCUCAUUUUCUCUUCCCUUCGGCCUCCUCCUCCUCCCUCCUCCCAGUUCCCCUCAGGCAUCGCGUUUACGACGGCGGCGCCAACGGCACUGUCGUCCUUCUUGCUCCCGCCUAGUGGCUUUCCCGUUUCUUUCCUGGCCCCCAUUUCCUCGCCUUCCCCCCCACCAACCCACCCUCUUUCUCCUGUCCCCUCCCCCCACAGCGCCACCUUCCCUCUCAUCUCCUCCUCGCUCCCCACAGCGGAAGUGACCUCCGCAUUGCCUGCCUGCUUGCUUGCCUUGCCAGCAGUGCCUGGCGGCGGCAACAACGAGGCCGUCGCUAGUCGCUUCGUUCGUUCAGUUGCUUCGUCACCAGGCGCCGCUGUGUGACAGACGCCCGAGGGAGCCGAGUUCAGUGGCCGAGCCGGCAACUGCAGCUGGGCCGAGCCGGCGGACGAGGGGAAAGAAGUCCGCAGGAGUAGCCGCCACCGCCGGGAAAGGAGGCCGGGGAGGGGGCCGGCUGUCGAAGAGGGGAAGGAAGAAGGGAGGGAGGUGGCCGUAGCCAUGGCCGGGGUUGGCGGCGUCGUGGCCGGGCCGCCGCCGCCUCUUCCUCCGCCGCCGCCGCAGAAGGAGCUGGUGUACAAUAAGCUGCUGCCCUAUGGCGACAAGCUGGAGGCUGAGGCCGGCCGCCUCCUCGCCCACAUCAAGCUCAACCUCAGCCGGGCCGUUCAGCUCCAGGAGCUUUGGCCCGGAGGCCUCUUCUGGACUAGGAAGCUUUCCACGUAUCUACGGCUCUAUGGGAGAAAGUUUAGCAAAGAGGAUCAUGCCCUUUUUAUCAAGCUCUUGUAUGAGUUAGUAACUAUUCCAAAGUUGGAGAUCAGCAUGAUGCAAGGUUUUGCUCGUCUUUUGAUCAACCUGCUGAAGAAAAAAGAACUUCUUUCAAGGGAUGACUUAGAAUUGCCAUGGAGGCCACUGUAUGAAAUGCUGGAGCGGAUAUUGUAUUCUAAGACAGAACAUCUUGGAUUAAAUUGGUUUCCAAAUUCAUGUCGACCAGGCUUGUCUUCACCUAAAACAUUUGUGCUUAAUGUUUUACAUAGGUGCUCUGUAGAAAGCGUUUUGAAAACACUUGUGAAAAACUGCCGGCCGUAUUUCCCAGAAAAUGCCACAGCCGAGAUGCUAGAUGAAUGGCGGCCAUUAAUGUGUCCUUUUGAUGUUACUAUGCAGAAGGCCAUCACUUACUUUGAACUGUUUCUGCCUACUACUCUUCCUCCCGAACUCCACCACAAAGGUUUUAGGCUCUGGUUUGAUGAGUUUCUGGGUCUUUGGGUUUCAGUUCAGAAUCUUCCGCAAUGGGAAGGGCAUCUAGUCAACCUUUUUGCACGCUUGGCCACUGAUAACAUAGGCUACAUUGACUGGGAUCCCUAUAUUCCAAAGAUAUUUACCAGAAUACUGCGAAGUUUGAAUCUUCCAGUGGGAAGCAACCAAGUGUUAGUUCCACGAUUCCUAACGAAUGCUUAUGACAUAGGGCAUGCGGUCAUGUGGAUUACAGCCAUGAUGGGCGGACCAAGCAAGCUUGUACAGAAACAUUUGUCUGGGUUAUUCAAAAGCAUUGCAUCGUUUUACCAUCCCUCAAAUAAUGGCCGCUGGUUGAACAAGUUAAUGAAGCUACUCCAGCGGCUACCCAAUAGCGUUAUCAGACGAUUGCAUCGUGAGCGUUACAAGAAGAUGACUUGGCUUACUCCUGUGCCUGAUAGCCAUAAACUUACUGACCAGGAUAUAACAGACUUUGUAGAAUGUAUUAUUCAGCCUGUCCUCCUGGCGAUGUUCAGCAAAACUGGAAGCCUAGAGGCAGCCCAAGCUCUGCAGAACCUUGCACUCAUGCGCCCUGAGUUGGUAAUCCCACCCGUACUUGAAAAAACAUACCCUGCACUGGAGACAUUAACAGAACCUCAUCAACUCACAGCCACUUUAAGCUGUGUAAUUGGAGUAGCUCGUAGCCUGGUAUCUGGGUGCCAGUCCUUUCCUGAAGGUCCAACGCACAUGUUGCCGCUGCUGAUGAGAGCAUUGCCUGGUGUGGAUCCGAAUGACUUUAGCAAAUGUAUGAUCACAUUCCAGUUCAUUGCAACGUUUUCCACUCUUGUGCCUUUAGUAGAUUGUUCAUCUGUACUACGAGAGAGAAAUAAUCUCACAGAGGUGGAGAGAGAACUGUGCUCUGCUACUGCUGAAUUUGAAGAUUUUGUACUGCAGUUUAUGGACAGAUGUUUUGGGCUCAUAGAAAGCAGCACACUGGAGCAAACAAGAGAAGAGACUGAAACAGAAAAGAUGACUCAUUUGGAGAGUUUAGUGGAAUUAGGCUUAUCUUCAACUUUCAGCACAAUCCUCACACAGUGUUCAAAAGAGAUAUUUAAGGUUGCCUUGGAGAAGGUUUUCAACUUUGCUGUUUCAAAUAUCUUUGAGACGAGAGUGGCAGGUCGGAUGGUGGCUGACAUGUGCCGAGCUGCUGUGAAAUGCUGUCCCGCGGAGUCUUUGAAGCUCUUUGUACCCCAUUGCUGCAGUGUUAUAGCACAUCUUACUCUCAAUGAUGAUGUCUUGCGUGAUGAAGAGUUAGAUAAGGAACUUCUCUGGAACCUUCAGCUUCUGUCAGAGAUCACUCGUGUGGAUGGAAAGAAGUUGCUGCCAUACAGGGAGCAGCUUUUGAAGACUCUGCAGCGAACCCUCCAUCUAACCUGUAAGCAGGGUUACAUUCUGUCUUGUAACCUACUGCACCAUCUUCUUCGUUCUACUACACUUAUCUACCCCACAGAAUACUGCAGUGUGCCAGGUGGCUUUGACAAGCCUCUUUCUGAAUACUUUCCUAUCAAGGACUGGGGUAAGCCUGGGGAUCUGCGGAAGCUUGACAUCCAGUGGCAUGUUCCUUCAGCUGAAGAGACAGCUUUUUCCUUUGAGUUGCUGGAUGCUUUUCUUCAGCCAGAGCUUGACAAACUAGCAUGCUAUGCAGAUGGAAAUCUUGAAAUGUCCAGAGAUGAUGUACAGCAGUGUCUUACUAUAGUACACAAUUGCCUGAUUGGGUCCGGGAACGUUCUGCCGCCCCUGAAAGGAGAGAGAGUAGCUCACCUGGUACCAAGUUUAGUGUCUUUAGAAGAGAUCAAGCUUUAUACUGGUGUUGAUUAUGAUUUAUCAAGAGAGAAUUACAGGGAAACCAUCAGCAGGGUCACAAGGAAGCUGCUGCAUUAUAUACUUGACAACUCGGAGGAUGAUACAAAGUCUUUGUUUCUCAUCAUAAAGAUCAUUGGGGACCUUUUACAUUUCCAAGGGUCACACAAACAUGAGUUUGAUUCACGAUGGAAAAGCUUUAACUUGGUGAAAAAAUCAAUGGAGAACAGGCUUCAAGGCAAGAAACAGCAUAUCAGAGCACUGUUAAUUGACAGAGUCAUGUUGCAGCAUGAGCUAAGAACACUCACUGUUGAAGGCUGUGAAUAUAAAAAAGUACACCAAGACUUGAUCAGGGACCUCCUGCGCUUGUCCACAAGUUCGUAUGGCCAGGUCAGAAGCAAAGCUCAGCAUGCAUUCUUUACAGCCCUGGGGACUUACAACUUCUGUUGCAGGGACAUCAUUCCUUUGGUUCUGGAGUUUUUGCAGCCAGAUGGGCACGAUGUCACCCAGCAGCAGUUUAAAGGUGCCUUGUAUUGCCUUCUUGGAAACCACAGCGGAGUGUGUCUGGCAAAUCUUCAUGACUGGGACUGCAUUGUCCAAACCUGGCCGGCAAUAGUCUCUUCGGGACUGAGCAAAGCAAUGUCUCUGGAAAAACCAUCCAUAGUCAGACUAUUUGAUGACCUUGCAGAGAAGAUCCAUAGGCAGUAUGAAACAAUAGGACUGGAUUUUACAGUUCCAGAGAAAUGUGUUGAGGUUGCUAUCCUCAUGCAGAAGUCAGCGAACCUGCACAGUGGCUGGACGAGUCUUAGUUCAGAGGAAAUUCAGUUGGGAAUUCAGCGACAGAAAGAAAGGAAUGCUGAGUCCUCUCAAAACUAUGAAAACUUGGUUAACAAGCUGUUAGAUUGUGUGGAUGAAAGAAAUCUCCCCUGGAAGUUUGAGCACAUUGGCAUUGGUUUUCUGUCCCUGCUCUUAAGAGAUGACAGGGUGCUACCUGCAAGAGCCAUACAAUUCUUUGUGGAAUGUCUGAAUCAUGAUGCCCUAGUGGUUCGCAAGAUGGCAAUCUCUGCGGUGGCUGGCAUCCUCAAGCAGUUGAAGAGGCCUCACAAAAAGGUUCCCAUCUGCCCUUUGCAAAUCAGUGGAGCCCCUCAGCUUCCUGAUAUCCAGGCUGGUGACAGACCUGACAACCAGUGGCUGCAUUAUGAGAGUGCCAGUUUGCCAAAGACUAAAAAAGCUUGGGAGGCCUGCCAUUUUGUGGAGAAAACACACUGGGGAUACUACACCUGGCCUCAAAAUAUGGAGAUUUAUGCUUCCGCAGAAGAGCAACCAAAGCUUGGGAGGAGUAGACAGGAACUUUCAGAGGCAGAGCAAGUCAUUUAUGAUCAUUUUUCUGAUCCAAAAUUUGUUGAGCAGUUAAUCAAGUUCCUUUCGUUAGAAGACAGAAAAGGAAAAGAUAAAUUUAAUCCUCGCAGAUUUUGCCUCUUCAAGGGCUUGUUCAGAAACUUUGAUGAUGCUUUCCUGCCUGUACUGAAGCCUCACUUAGAACGUCUGGCAAUAGAUUCUCAUGAGAGUCCCCAGCGAUGUGUAGCUGAAAUUAUAGCUGGCUUGAUAAGAGGGUCUAAACACUGGACAUUUGAAAAGGUAGAGAACCUCUGGAAUGUUCUGCGUCCACUUCUUAGAACAGCUUUAUCCAACAUUACAGUGGAAACUUACAAUGACUGGGGUACCUGUAUAGCAACAUCAUGUGAGAGCAGGGACCCCCGGAAAUUGCACUGGUUGUUUGAAUUGUUGUUGGAGUCUCCAUUGAGUGGUGAAGGAGGGUCAUUUGUUGAUGCAUGUCGACUUUACGUACUGCAAGGGGGUCUUGCACAGCAAGAAUGGCGAGUACCAGAGCUGCUGCACAGGUUGCUGAAGUAUCUGGAACCUAAACUUACCCAAGUUUACAAAAAUGUCAGAGAGAGGAUAGGAAGCAUUUUGACGUACAUCUUCAUGAUAGAUGUUUCCUUACCAAAUACUGCUCCAACGAAGUCUCCCCAUGUCCAUGAGUUCACUUCUCGAAUACUUGAAAAACUCAAACCCCUUACAGAAGUGGAUGAAGAAAUUCAGAAUCAUGUUCUGGAAGAGAAUGGAGUUGGAGAGGAAGAUGAGCGAACUCAGGGCAUUAAACUCUUGAAAACUAUUCUGAAGUGGCUGAUGGCAAGCACGGGGAGAGCGUUUUCCAUAGCUGUUGCAGAACAGCUUCAGCUCUUGCCAUUGUUUCUCAAGAUUGCACCAGUAGAAAACGAUAAUAGCUAUGAUGAGCUGAAGAGAGAUGCUAAGAUGUGCUUAUCAUUAAUGUCUCAGGGAUUGCUGUAUCCCCAACAAGUGCCUUUGGUACUUCAGGUGCUAAAACAAACAGCAAAGAAUAGUUCCUGGCAUGCUAGGUACACAGUGCUAACCUACCUCCAGACCAUGGUUUUUUAUAAUCUUUUUAUCUUCCUAAACAAUGAAGAAGCUGUGAAUGACAUCCGAUGGCUGGUUAUAAAACUACUAGAAGAUGAACAGCUUGAGGUGAGAGAGAUGGCCGCCACCACAUUGAGUGGCUUGCUCCAGUGUCACUUCCUGGUGAUUGAUAACUCCGUGCAGACUCACUUUGAACAACUCUGUAAGAGAAGACUUCUGAAGAAGAGGAAGAGAGACCUCAGCACAGUAGUGGAUACCAUUCCUUCUGCAGACUUGGUUAAGCGCCAUGCUGGCGUGCUGGGACUUAGUGCUUGCAUUUUGUCCAGUCCUUACGAUGUGCCCACCUGGAUGCCUCAACUUUUAAUGAAUCUUAGCGCACAUCUGAAUGAUCCUCAGCCUAUUGAGAUGACAGUAAAGAAAACUUUGUCCAAUUUCCGGAGGACCCACCAUGAUAACUGGCAGGAGCACAAGCAACAAUUCACUGAUGACCAACUGGUUGUCCUUACUGACCUCUUGGUAUCCCCAUGCUAUUAUGCAUAAGAAGGUUCUCAGAAAAAUAAGGACCUACUGCCAUUUCUGCAAAAAUAAAGGAAACUCAAAACUAAUUUAUUGUGUAUAGAACCCUUUGGAUUUGGUAACUCUGAGGCUUAAUGCUGGAAUCCUUUUUUUUCUUGAAGUGCAUACAAUAAGUCUCUAUGGGAAGGACUCUGGACACAGGGGAGAAGGGCUGCAGCGGUGUGACAAGUCUUUAUGUUUGAAGGGAGUGAUCAUGAUUCCCCCCCCGUACUUUCAUGUAAAUUCCUUGCAUUUUUAAAAUUCCUUUGUGCAGUGGUUAAUACAGCAACAUAUGUUCUUCACACCUUGGUUGUACAAUACAUACAUGGACUUUCAAACCUAUUCUCAACAAUUUUACCUCUUCAUCUGAUCUGCCUGCAAGUGUGUGCAUCUGUAAACUACUGCAGGCCACUCACUUGUAAGAGCAGGCCAAAAAUGUUCCCCAUAUAUAUAAAUAUAUAUAUUUAGAUUUCUGCCCAUUUCCAGCUCCCAUGGAAUACCAGGCUAUGCAUAACUUUGAGCUGGGUUCCUUUUUAAAGUCUUAUCUUCUAAGCAAAUAUAUUUCCCUCUAUGGUUAUGUAGAUCUGAACAGCAGAGAGUCGUACUUUCUAUAAGCCAGGUUUUUAAGUAAGAUCCUCCAUCCAGGUACUGACCCUCAAUUUUUGCCUGCCUUUGUAAGUGGCAGUCUUGAUUUUUUUCUCUCUCUCACUUUGGUAGAGCCCAUGGACAGCCAUGGCUCUCAGCUGUUGUUUUAUUUCAGAGAACAAAGUGUAUGUACAUAUGUUGAUAGUGAGUGGCUAAAGACUUUUGAAAUAGUCCCUGUUUGCUAGCCCCACAUCUACCCAUUCGCCCACCUCCUCUUCCUAGAAUAAGUAUGUAACUUGCAUAAAAAACAGAAGUACUGUAUCUCUCCCCACCCCCACCUUCCUUUUUCGUUCUGCAACUCUGGUGGUUUAUUGGCUGGCUGUUUCGCGACAUGUUCAAUAUGUGUUACAUAGAUGUAAAGGACUGUAUAAAUUGUAGAGGCACUGCACUGGCAAAGCACUGUACAGUUUGCAAAAAAAUUUACAUAAUCCAUUUGUGAUAUUUGCUUGUAAAGAAUCACACUUUUAGGAGUUAAUAUAGUGCUUUCAGCUUUUGUAUCUGAUUCAAUGCCAAUUUCUUUUGAUUUUUAAUAUUACCUCUCCCAUUUAUGAGGUCACUUUAGAUUUCGGCUUGAUUUUCAUUUAUAUUUUUAGUGAAUCUGUUGAUUUUUACCAUGUAAUCCCUUCCACCACAACCCUCACUUUGGGAAUGCAAGUAAUGAUAUAUUUUGGUGUGUGGUAAAUUAUAGAGUGCAAGAAUCCCUCUCAUGUUGGGGAAAAAAUAAUCUGAGAAUUGUGUGUUUUUCAUCUUUCUGCACAUUCUGUACUUUUUCUUUGUAAAAACAGGAAUACAAUACAGUUUUCAAUCAUCUGCCUGCUGGGAAACCAUACCAAGUUUUUAAAGCACAGCAGCGUAACCAGUACAGUAUCUUCUGAGAGUCGAUACACAGAAAUAACUAAUGUUAUAGCAUAGUGCCAAAACGUCUCCUCCUCUCAGUUGUGUACUUAGUUUAAAUCAGAAUAAAUGAGUUGUUUGUAAAA